AGAUGAACUGCUUUUUGCCAGUUCCUGAGAUCCAGAUUUCUGCACGAUGCCAGUCAGCCUUGCCCUGGUGUUUUUUAUUGGGCCUGAUUCUCCACUGCUCUGCACUCUGCAGGUAGGGACACCAGUGCAAAGAGUGUAAAAUGCUAUUGGCCUGGCAGCUUGUGACAGUCCCUUUGCACAUGGGCCACAGUUUGUGUGGUACCUGGCAGUAAUGAGUCAGGCUCAUCGUUCCCAUUUGACCUUUCACUUCCCUAACCUGGGGGGAAGGGGAGGGCAGUUUCGCCACACAUGCUGCAAUCAUAAAGCUGCCCUGCUUAUGGGUUUUCUUUCUGUAGCACUUCCUCAAUCUGGUGGGGGCGGGAAAUGACAGGCUAACAGUGAUGUAUUCAGAGUGAGAUCCCUGAGGCCCUGCAGAGGGUUCCCAGUACAUCCAGACUAACAGAACCACAGGGGUGGGGCCCUGUUUGCUCCCAGUCCCCUAGAGGAGAGAACGGUCUGGUCCUUUCUGUAGCUCACCUGGACACCAAGGAGCUGAAAGGAUGUCUCUUCCCCGUCAGCUGCGAGACAAGAGUGACUUUGACCAGCUUCCAAAUGAGGUGCCUGUCUCCGCUAACAUUGCAGAUGCCCAAGAGAAGAGCGGCUUCACCAGUUACUAUGUGUUUGUCAUUGAGGUGAAGACAAAAGGAGGUGGCAGAUACUUGAUCUUCCGCCGCUACCGCCAGUUCUACGCCCUGCAUAGCAAGCUAGAGGAGAGAUAUGGGGCAGAGAAUAAAAGCAACACCUUUGCCUUCACCCUCCCCGUGUUGCCAGGAAAGGUUUAUGUUGGUGCGAAAAAGGAGAUUGCAGAGAGCCGGAUUCCUAUCCUCAAUAUUUACAUGAAGAAGCUGCUCUGCCUGCCCAGCUGGGUGCUGAUGGAUGAAGACCUGCGACUGUUUUUCUACCAGUCGGAGUUUGACUGUGAGCAGGUGCCGAAGGGGCUGCGGCGGCUUCGCCCACGCACUCGCCGAAUCAAAAGCAUUAUGCACCAGGAGCCUGGUUUUGACCGCAUGGCAGCCCCGCGGGCUGAGGCACUGUUUGACUUUCUUGGAACCAGUACACUGGAGUUGAACUUCAAGAAGGGAGACUUGAUCUAUCUACUCAGCAGGAUCAACAAAGAUUGGCUAGAGGGAACCGUCCACAAUGCCACCGGAAUCUUCCCAUGUGCUUUUGUGAAGAUCAUUCAAGACUUACCCCCGGAGGAGGGCACUAUCAAUUGGCUGCGCUGCUAUUACCAAGAUGACACUGUCAGCAUCAUCAGGGACAUAUCAGUGGAAGAGGACCUGAGCAGCACCCCAUUGUUCAAGGACCUUAUGUCAUUAAUGAGGAGAGAGUUUGACCGUGAUGACAUUGUUCUGAAUUACCGGGACUCUGAGGGUGACCUGAUCCGUCUGGUCUCUGACCAGGAUGUUGAACUCAUGGUGUCUCAGGGCAGGAGACGGCCCUCCGAGAAGCAUUUUUUCCCCUGGAAGUUGCACAUCACCCACCAAGAUGACCUCAGUGUCUACAACACCAGCCCAGCAGGAGGCACUAGUCAGGCACUAGCAAUAAAAGGACAGUGACUGCCACAGGGAGCUGUUUCAACUGGUGGCUGCACCCCUCCAUCCACUGUACCGAUUGUUUCUUUUAACUAGGCUUGAGACAGGCAACAAUCACAGCAGGAUAGAUACUGGUGCUCUGGGACAUGGAACAACCAGAACAAGUGGACCUACUUCCGCCUGAGAGCAGAAGUGCUGAGGUGUCAGGGGAGCCUGCAAGCCCUCAAAGACUAAUUGGACAUUGUUAGUAAAUGUUAGUAAGCUGGAUAUAAAUAAUUAUAACUGUGUGUCAGUGUUGGGUUUGAAGUGUUGUUUUGGCUGGGAAGAGAAGAUGUGCUAUUGUGGACUAUGCGCCUUUGCGGGCUGAGCACCCCAGCAUGAAAUCUGGGUGGAGCACAGCAGAAGCUCCAACUGUUGUCAUGGGGCCGACUGGAACUGGUCAUAGAAUAAAGAAGAGCUCUGUCUAAUGCCUUUAGCAC